AUGCUCGAAAGAAUGGCACAUCGAAGUGCCUGUGCAUGCGACGGCGAUUCCGGCGAUGGUGCCGGUGUGAUGACCGCAAUUCCACAUGAACUGUAUGCCAACGACUUGAAGGCGAAUUCCGUUCAUCUGCCGGAACGGGGCAGGUACGCGACCGGUUUGAUUUUCUUUGACAAAAAAACGUACAAGCAGGGCAUCGAAGCGGUGAAUGACAUCGUCGAAAGCUGCAGCUUCAAGGUUCUGUUCUGGCGUAGUCCACCGGUCGACUCGUCGGUGCUGGGCAGCGAGUCUCGCAAGAAUGAGCCGUGUAUUCGCCAGAUUUUUGUCGUCGGUUCGUGCCCUAGCGAUGACGAAAUGCAACGCAAGGUAGGGGUAUACAACAAAUGCAUCAGAUUCCGCUUCUAA